AUGGAAGUUCUCUGCACACGGGGAAGAUUUAUCCAUAACUACAAAUGUGAACCCCAGAACAGUUUGGCAGCGGUCAUUGGGGGACCUGACUCUAAUGUCUGUCUCCACAUGGCAGUCAUUCUGAACAACUAUAAGAUUCCACGUCUCACCUAUAGCUCCGCUCCAGAAACCAACAGCAACCCCCAAGCUGCGUUUGAGUACUGGAUGUUUCCAAGUGCAUUCAAUCAACACAAGGCUCUUCUCCAAUUACUGCUGCAUUUUGGGUGGACAUGGAUUGGAGUGCUUUAUUUCAGUGUCGCAAGCACAGAGAUAUUUGUACAGAACAUGCUUCCCGUUUUUUCCAAGAAUGGUAUCUGCUUUGACUUCAUAGAGAAAUUACCCCAAAUAGAUUUUUCCAGUCAGAUUGAAAAAAUGUUGCAGAAGGCGAUUGAAACAUUUAGGGUCAUCGUGGGAAGCAAAGCCAAUGUGGUGGUCUUCCAUGGUGAGACUCACACUAUGAUAGUUUUUAGAAAUUGUAUUCAGUAUUUACAGUUUUAUGAUAUAUGGGUGAACAGCCAAGGUAAAGUAUGGCUUAUGACAGCUGAGAUGGCUUUCACGUCCCUUCCUCUUCAAAGAAGGUGGAAUGUCGACAUCCUGCAUGGUGCGCUAUCCUUUGCUGUCCACUCAGAGGAGGUGCUGGGGUUCCAUCAGUUUCUUCAGAUGAGAAAUCCUGCUUUAGAAACAGAAGAUGGCUUCAUCAGGGUCUUCUGGGAAAAGGCAUUUGAAUGUUUCUUCCCCAUAUCCAUGGUUGACCAGGAGGUUGAUGAAAUCUGCACUGGAGAGGAGAGGCUGGAAACUCUUCCUGCAUCUAUUUUUGAAAUGACAAUGACUGGCCACAGCUAUUGCAUAUACAACGCUGUCUAUGCUAUCGCUCAUGCUUUCAAUGCCAUGCAUUCAACCAGAUUGAAGCGCAGAGCAACAGUGGAUGAAGGAAAAUGGAAGCUUCUUAAUCUACAUCCGUGGCAGAUGCUCCACUUUCUGAGAAGUGUUUCAUUUAACAACAGUGCCGGGGAAACAAUUUCCUUUGACCAAAAUGGGGAAUUAUUAGGUGGACUUGAUAUUAUCAACUGGGUUAUUUUCCCCAACCAGUCUUUUGUUAGAGUGAAGGUGGGAAAGAUAGACCCCAAUGCUCCCACAGACAAAGUGUUCGCAAUUUCAGAUGAUAUCAUCAUAUGGCCUGACAGAUUUAACCAGGCCCAACCGCUUUCUCUAUGCAAUGAUAAAUGCUCUUUGGGUUACAGUAGAAAGAAGAAAGAGGGAAAGCCCCCUUGUUGCUAUGAUUGUCUUCCCUGUCCAGAAGGAAAGAUUUCAAACCAGAUAGACAUGGACGACUGCUUUCAGUGUCAAGAAGAUCGUUAUCCAAAUAAUAACAAAACUUUAUGCAUUCCAAAAUAUAUAACUUUCUUGUCCUUUGAAGAAUCUUUAGGCGGCAGCAUCGCCAUUGCUGCCCUCUCUUUUUCUUCCACCACAGUUUUGGUGCUUUGGAUAUUUGUUAAGCACCGAAACACUCCCAUAGUCAAAGCCAACAACCGGAACCUCACCUACACUCUCCUCAUCUCCCUCAUUCUCUCCUUCCUUUGUGCUUUGCUAUUUAUUGGGCAACCUGGAAAGCUGACAUGCCUCCUUAGACAAGCUGCAUUUGGCAUCAUCUUCUCAGUGUCAAUGUCUUGCAUCUUGGCCAAAACUGUCAUUGUGAUUCUCGCUUUCAAGGCCACCAAGCCAGGAUCCAAUAUGAGGACCUGGAUGGGGAAAGAUCUGGCCAGCUCCAUUGUUCUAUCCUCCUCCUUUAUUCAAGCUACCAUUUGCACAGUGUGGCUGGUAACUUCUCCUCCAUUCCCAGAUACGGACAUGCACUCCAUGACGCAAGAAAUUAUACUGGAGUGUAAUGAAGGUUCCACUAUCAUGUUCUACUCAGUCCUGGGCUUUAUGGGCUUCCUGGCCAUUGUCAGCUUUGCUGUGGCCUUCCUAGCCAGGAAGUUGCCUGACAGCUUUAAUGAAGCCAAGUUCAUCACCUUCAGCAUGAUGGUGUUCUGCAGUGUUUGGUUGUGUUUUAUUCCAUCCUAUCUGAGCACCAAGGGGAAGUCCAUGGUGGCUGUGGAGAUCUUCUCUAUCUUAGCCUCCAGUUUGGGACUACUGGGUUGCAUCUUCACCCCAAAAUGUUACAUCAUUUUGAUAAGACCAGAACUGAACAACAAAGAACAGCUUAUGAGGAAAAAGUAA